AUGUCGACCGACCUUACAGUUUCCGCGACUGUCGAUCUGGACGAUGAUUCCUACAACUCCUCCGAGGAUGAAGAUUUCCGGCUCGAAGGCGCCCAAGACGAUUCCGACCUAUCUUCCGAUGACGAUGCGGCCGAGCCUGCCCAGAAGAAGCGAAAGACAAAUAAAAAAUCUGAGGCCCCGGAGGAUGAACUCGAUUCAGGCGAUGAAGUCACGAUUCGGAAAGCACGCGAAAAGCGAGAGAAAAAGCGCAAGGGGAAGAAGUCCAAAGGCAAGAAUGCAGUCGACGACGAUAUGGACUUGGACGAUGAUGAAGGGGGCACCGGAGGCUUUGUACGGACACGUGCCAUGAAGCAGCAGAUUCGAGAGGAAGAGGAACGUAAACCGCUAGCCAAGAUCGACGGUGCGACGAUUGACGUGGAUGCUCUGUGGGAGCAGAUGAACGCGCCUGGCACCGAGCUGGGUCUGCGGCCGGACCAGAUGAAACACGAUAGUGAGCCGACUCCAGAAAUCGAUCACGUCAACGCGCACAUGAAGGGCCAUGCUCCCAAGCCGGAGAAUAAUUCGCGCCAUGCCCACAGCGAAGAGAUGAUCAAGAUCAAACGGACUUACGAGUUUGCUGGUGAGAUGAUUACGGAGGAGAAGAUGGUGCCCAAGAACUCGGCAGAAGCCAAGGCGUUCUUGUCUAGUGGACAGACCGUCGAGAAUGCAGAGGACGUUGCAGCACCGAAUCGCAACCUACGCCGCCCACUGCGCAAGAUAUCCCGAUUUGAUCCCAAUCCAACUGGAACAAUCAAGAAGAGUUGGGAGAAGCAGAUUUUGGAAGCUGGCGAUCAGAAUGCGAGCGGACCGAAGAUCAACACAGUGGAGAAGUCUCGACUCGACUGGGCGCAAUAUGUGGAUCAAGCCGGAAUCAGCGACGAACUGCGUGUCCACAGCAAGGCCAAAGAGGGAUAUAUGGGCCGUAUGGAUUUCCUGGGUCGUACCGAAGCCAGAAGGGACGAAGAGGCCCGACAGGCCCGUAUGAAGGGCAUGUGA